GAGAACAGCCUGGCAACCAGGAGACCUGGCUAAUAGUGACUUAAGAGGAACAUUGCGCUUUUUGACGUCACUUCCGGUGCGACGACUUGCUCUUCCAAGUCUCCUCUAGUCCAGGGCGUAAGAGGAGAUGGCGGCCCUGGGCGGUGUCCGUGUGAUAAGCCAAUCACUGGUAGUGGGUCGGAGACCUGGAGCCUGGAGGGGCCUGAUCACCACAGCUGCCACCCACUCUGCUCAGCCAAAGCAUGGGGUGGGUGAUGAGAAGGAGGGUAAGGUGAUACCUGUCACUAUGGUGCCCGGUGAUGGUGUGGGGCCUGAGCUUAUGGAGGCUGUCAGAAAAGUCUUUAAGGCAGCCCUGGUCCCUGUGGAGUUUCAGGAGUAUCAUCUGAGUGGGAUGGAGAACAUGGCCACAGAAGAGAAACUGGAACAAGUGCUGAACUCCAUAAGGAAAAAUAAGAUCGCGAUCAUUGGAAAAAUCCAUACGCCAAUGGAUAACAACAAAGGCAUCUUGUCUUAUAAUAUGCAGAUCAAGCGGAAACUGGAUCUGUUUGCUAACGUUGUUCCGGUCCAGAGCCUUUUGGGAUAUGAGACCCGACACAACAACCUGGACUUGGUGAUCAUCCGGGAGCAGACUGAGGGAGAAUAUAGUGCCCUGGAGCAUGAAAGUGUCAAGGGGGUGAUUGAAUGUUUGAAGAUCAUCACUAGUUACAAGUCCCGGCGAAUUGCCAAGUUUGCCUUUGACUAUGCCACCAAAAAGGGUCGAAAGAAGGUCACAGCCGUGCAUAAGGCCAAUAUUAUGAAGCUGGCUGAUGGGCUCUUCCUGAAGUGUUGUGAGGAGGUGGCUGAGCUAUACCCCAAGAUCAAGUUUGAGAACAUAAUCAUAGACAACUGUUGUCUACAGUUGGUGAAAAAUCCAUACCAAUUUGAUGUGCUCGUGAUGCCCAGUCUCUAUGGAAACAUUGUUGACAACUUGGCAGCAGGACUGGUGGGGGGUGCUGGUGUGGUUCCUGGUGAGAGCUACAGUGGUGAAUACGCUGUUUUUGAAACAGGUGCAAAGCACCAGUAUAGCCAGGCUGCGGGCAAGAACAUUGCCAACCCUACUGCCAUGCUACUGUCUUCCAGCAAUAUGCUGAAUUACCUCAACCUGAAAGAUCACUCCAGCAAGAUUGCUGGGGCUGUGAAGGCAGUGAUAAAAACUGGCAAAAUUCGGACUGAGGAUAUGGGCGGCAAAAACACCACAUCAGAAUUCAUCGAUUCGAUUAUCAAACACCUGUAACCCCUUCACGGGGGCUAGAAUCCCUUCCUAUUUCCUUAUUUUAUACUGGAAGAGAGCCCCUGGACAACACCCCAUGCUUCCAUAAAGUGGACGGCAGGAGAAACUUGCCUGUGUCUCCUUUCCAUUCCAAGGGACAAGAUCUAUCUACAGCUGUUUUGCUUUUGUCUCAGUAAAAACAUGGACCAGAAUAAAGAAAGGACUAACUUGCUCACCAGUUUCACUACCAGUGUAAGGCAAUAAAGCAGACUGGAUUCGAUGAAGCAGAUUAAGGAAUACUGAAGAAUCUCACUCUCUAUAUAACAUAAAAUAGAUUGUUUGAUAUACUUUCAAUAUUUAAUUAUGUCAUUAUGCCAUAACAUUUCAAUACAGUUCAAUCCUUGCA